GGUCUGACUCAACUGGGAAGGAAGGGUCCAUUUCCAUCAAGCACGAACCUGGAUUCGUUCGCACGAAUCCAGAUUCGUGCGUUUAUUAGGCUUGGACAGGCAUGACUGGAAUGGAUGGAUGGGUUGGGUCUGACUCAACUGGGAAGGAAGGGUCCAUUUCCAUCAAGCACGAACCUGGAUUCGUUCGCACAAAUCCAGAUUCGUGCUUUUAUUAGGCAGGGAGAGGCAUGACUUGGAAUGGAUGGAUGGGUAGGGUCUGACUCAACUGGGAAGGAACAUGACUGGCAUGCAUGGAUGGGUACUGUGGGGUCAGUUGAAGCAUAAUCAACUUUCAAUAUUUAGUUAGAAGGGAACAUUACUCCACUCUUACCUGCUUCUAGAUCCCAACAACAAAACUGUAAGCUAUCGUACUGUAUUAUGGACAAGCAGCUCUUCAAGCCCUUUAUUCAAUCUUUUCAAACCUACCAGACUGUACGGUACCUCCCAGCAAUGCAACCUUGUGAAGUUUACUUUGUGUCAGUUUGCUCCAAGCUAAGACUGCUUCUUCCCAUUUGAUUGCAGCAAGUAUCCACUCUCCACUCCAGCCGGUGGAAGUCAACAAGUAUCAUUGACAAAGGAUCGUCGACAAAGGAUCGUCGACAAAUCAUCAGCCAUGGACGAAGCCAAGCCAUGGACAAGUAGUGGCAACCAGCUCGCCAAUUUGGGCAAGGAAAACUAUCCCAACGACGAUGGCGAGGACAAGCGUGACAAGAAGGUCCAAAUUCCAUCAACUCUUGCGGCAGAAGGAACGGAUCAUCUCGGACGCUUUUACGGUGGAAGAGGCAACAUCAACUCGACAUUGGUUGGUAGUCACAGCAAGAAGACUACAUAUGAUGGCAUUGGCGGAAAGGCAACCAAUGACGCAAGAAGGCCACCCGUGGCAAUGACAAGGAAAACAAGGACACGAUGAACCCUUUUCUCAUCGGCGCGUCCAAAGGACCAAAUUCGAUAGCAAUCAGCAAAGACACAAGAAAUCCCACGGAAGUUGAAACUUGAGAUGGUGUACCAAUGUCUAAACCGGCAUAGCUGAAUGAGUAUCGUUACAAUACCACGAAGGCCUCCUCAGUCUUGCUACGGCUAACGCUUAACGGCUCCUUUUGGAAACUGUGACGGGGUUCUUUUCUUUGUAUGGGAACUCUGAUUCUCUCUUUGGAUUUGAUUGGCUGGCAAAAUUCUUUU